CCUCAGCCAUCACCCCCUCACUUCAUCAUUUGCUAAAUCUUGCCACCCCAAAACCACCCUCCAUCUUGAAUCACCCCAUCCAAGAUUCAAAAACUAUAAUAAAUCAUCUCCUUGAAGUGAAAAAGUUCUCAUAUUCUAAGAAAUUUGAGAGAUUUUGUUGUAUUUUCUUUCUGGGAUUGGCGUAAAGAAUGCAGAGAUAAAGAAAGGCGUGAACUUUAAUGAAAGAAAACUCUGGGUUUUUCUUAGUGAUGAGGUUUCUUGAAUCGGAGUGAACGGCGUCGUUUAGGGUUCAGAGGGAUGGAGAUUUUUCUGCGGUUCAUCCUUCUUCUCUUCAUGCUUCUCAACCAUAAUGCUCAACAAACGGCGUUAGCCUUCACGGGAACUUACGGCAUUAACUACGGCAGAAUAGCAGACAACAUUCCUAAGCCAGAAAACGUCGUUAAACUCCUCCGCGCCGCAAAAAUAAAAAACGUCAGAAUAUACGACGCCGAUCACGGCGUCAUCAAGGCCUUCACCCGAACCGGACUCGAAUUGGUAAUCGGGCUGCCCAACGGCGACGUGAAGGACGUCGGUGCCAGCGCCGAUCACGCCCUGAACUGGGUCAAAGACAACGUCAACGCUUUCCUCCCCGACACGAACAUCGUCGGGAUCGCCGUCGGGAACGAAGUCCUGGGCGGCGGCGAUUACGAACUGGCGACGUCGCUCUUGAACGCCGUCAAGAACAUCCACAACGCCACGAAGGAUCUCGGGAUUCACCGGAACGUCCAGAUAACGACGGCGCAUUCGCAGGCGGUUUUCGCGGAUUCUUUCCCCCCAUCCUCGUGCGUCUUCAAAGAUGGCGUUUCCCAGCUUAUGAAACCGCUCUUGGAGUUCUUUUCCGAAAUCGGGUCGCCCUUUUGUCUAAACGCCUACCCGUUUUUGGCGUACACUUACAAUUCGGACAAGAUUGACAUCAAUUACGCCUUAUUCAAGUCGAAUGAGGGUAUUCGUGAUGAAAAAACCGGUCUUUAUUAUGAUAAUAUGCUGGAUGCCCAAAUUGAUGCGGCGUAUGCGGCAUUGGAGGAUUUAGGGUUUAAGAAAAUGGAAGUGGUGAUCACGGAAACGGGUUGGGCUUCUCAUGGGGACUCGAAUGAGCCUGCUGCGACGACGGAUAAUGCCCGGACGUAUAAUUAUAAUCUCAGGAAGAGACUUGCGAAGAGGAAAGGGACGCCCAUGAGGCCGAAGAACGUUUUGAAGGCGUAUAUUUUUGCACUCUUCAAUGAGGAUUCAAAGCCGGGCCAAAUGUCUGAGAAGAACUAUGGGCUGUUCAAAGCUGAUGGGAAUGUGUCUUAUGAUAUUGGGUUUCAUGGGUUGGAUGAUUCAUCAGCUGCAGCAUCCUCUCGGGUGUUGUCCUUGAAGAAACGUAAGAGAAAAAACAUAAAACAUAAAACCAAAUCAAUAGCAAAAGGCACCUUAGAGAGGAGUAGACUUUGAGUUUCUGGUUCCAAUUCAGUUUGCCAUUACACUGCAUCAACAAAAAGUUCAGUAUAUGGGCAAUGAUGCCAGGAAGAUAGAUCAGUCCACAUUUACUUGCACGGGGCCAAACAAUGGAUUUCAAGAUCUCAAGUUUCUUAUCUAAUAAAGAGUGCAAGGGGGAUUGAAAAAGUGAAUGAAAUGCAUUCGCUUUUUUGAGUUUCUAGGUUGGACAGUGUUCAUCCUAUGUAGGAAAUGUUCUCUUGGCAUGAAAAAUGUGAUAUGAUCUCUUCUGCUACGAAUGUUUUUGGUAUGAAUUCAUUCAAUUAGAAUAAGUAAUAGUGAUCUCUUCUGCACAAGAAUAAGAUGAAGAGAAUUAACUUCUUAGCUACCUACAGCAAUGUGUAAUAGUGCUUUUCACAGUGAGUUACUUAGCCAUCUAAGGGCAUUUCCCACUGGGGUCCUGCCCAAUUCAUAUUAAUUCCCGACUAGGCCUUCUACUAUGCCGUGCAACGAUUUUUCAAUAUUAGUUUACGCUUAAUUAAACCGCCACAUGAGUUGUGUGAUGAACUUACACGUUGUUUUUCGUGAACAUGCAACAUGUUUCAGGGAGCGGGAUAUCAAAUUUAUCAUCUCUUGAUGUUAGUAACCUCGUCAUCUUCGGUGCUUCUUCUGAUGCUAUGAUGAUAGUGGCAUCCAUUUGGGACAGCUAAAUACGAGUGAGUUCUGUAGGACCAUAGAGAACGGCAGUAGUGAUGAUACUUCACAGAGUCGAUUUAUUUAUCUAUAGUCGCUUCAGUAAUGUAUAUGAAAUAAAUAAAUAAAGUUAUUAUCAUUUUUUGUUUUGUUCAUGCCUUCAUGCUGGG